AUGAACCCACGCUCAUCACCAAAUGCACCUGCCGUGCAAAUCGAAUAUGGCAUAGAAGAUUUCUCAGAAGAAGAAUAUUCAGAUGCUGAAUCAGAUGGCGGAAUGUAUCUCGACGCGCCUGAUCGGGCAGCCGCACUUGAAUACAGUCACCCGCGCCGAAUCCCGCAAACAAUACGCGAUGAAAAUGAUUUCUCAACACAAGCUCCUGGACCAAAUAGCUAUUCCCAACAAGCGGGUUCGGCGGGAACAGCAACGGGAGAUAUGACGAAACCUAAACCGCGUUCCAGACUUAGUUCUGAAGAACAUGCUGCUCUGACUGUUCUUAACGAUGAAGAGUUACUUACUAUGUAUGCAUUGAAAACUGGUCGUACAUUACCACAAACACGCCGCCGCUUUCAGGCUAAACUAAUCGCGAAUGGAGACCGCGAUCUAGAAGAAGAGCUUUAUGCUGCUCGCUUCGCUGUCCCAGCUUCGAAGGCUCAUCUUGUCCCGGGUGUGAAUCCUCUUGUUGUUGGACCUGGGGCUGCGGAGCAGGCUCUUGGUCUUAACAAUACUAUGGCUUAUCUUGUGCCUGCUACGUGGAAAGAGCUUGUUGAUCAUGAUGAGAGCGGGUGGUGGGGGCCUGGGCAGAAACCGAAGGCUGAUGCGGGGGGCAGGAGGAAGAGUGGGGGAAGGAAAAGCAGGGGUGGUUCCGGGGAGGGGUCAAGGUCUGCUUCUGCUUCUAGGGAGUAA